AUGCUAGAUUACAUGCACCACAUAUUACGAUCUUUUGAGCAAAGUACCAAUUGGAAUUGUGAUAACAGUUAUGCUAACAUUACCGCUACCUCCCAAGCUUUAUUGAAUUUCAACAUUCCAACAGCAUUCGAGUUUCAAGUGUCCGGUGCAACAACACCCUAUACAUUCAAUACUUUGAGAGUAUCAACGCAAAAGAUAUUGAAUGGUUCUCUGACAUAUUUGUACACUGAUGCAGAAAAUCUAGAUAAAAUAGUUCAAUCUUCAACUUCAAUUUAUCUACAAGAUGCUGCACAAACUUAUAAGUAUCUACAACCAUUCUACAACCAUAAAUUUGAUGACAUAAAACCAACGACUCCAAAGUCUCUGUAUUACGGCAAGAUUUAUUUUCCUAACUCAAAUCUGGAAGCGAUGAUUGUUAAAAGACUCAAUCGAUAUACACAGCUGACGUUAAAGUGCUUAAGCAGCUUUAAAGACUACAACAUAUUGACAUGCUAUUGGCAGCGAGAUACGGGAAGAAAUUCACAGGAAGCUAUCUUUUCUACAAACGAUUUUUUAUGUGGAUAUCGAUGUUUGCACAAUUUUUUAGGUGUUCCAUCAAAAACCAAUAUGUCUUUGUACAAUAACUCAUCCUUAUCUAUUGGGGGUGAAUUGUGGCUAGGUCUUAUUACUUUGAGCCCAGGCUGCUCAACCACUUUACGGUACUGUACACAUUCUCCUAAUACAGGAAGACCUUUAACGUUGACUUUCACAUGGAAUCCACUAUUUGGCCAUCUAUCUUCAACUUAUUCUGCCAAAAGCAGUUCAAACACAACAUUUGGUGUCAAAUAUGAUUUCAAUCUAUAUUCAAUAGAAUCCAAUUUAUCAUUUGGUUGCGAGUUCUGGAAACGCAGUAGGAACGAAACUAAUAAUUCACCGAGUAAUUUACCUGCCAAUUCCGAGUCAGAAUCAGUGAGCAAAGGAGAAAGCCUUAUGUAUCAUCAUCUAACCGCACCAAAUGCGAGUCAUUUCAACAACUUAGCCACUAUAAAAACAAAUGAUAAGCAACGUGAACAGAUUCUUAGUGAUCUAGCUGCUACAUUCAGCACAUCUUUGAGAAAAAUGGAUGAGGAAAAAUAUACAAUUCAGCAAUUUACAAAACUAAUCAAUAACUCAGAUUUCACAAGUGUAUGGAAGUUUAGCUUCUCGCUAAAAGAUAAGAAUUUAAAAGCUCUAUGGGAAGGUAAAUUUAAAGGAUUUUUAUUAUCUGCAGGUACAGAAUUACGCAAAACUGAUAUGGCAAGCAGUAUACAAGAUCCAUUAUCUCAAAAUCAAAAACUUUCUAUAUAUCCUGUGAAAUUCGGUCUUCAGUUGCAGUAUGCAACAUAA